UGCUUUUGGUCCAGGGGCCUAUCUUUCUGAUUCUGAUCUCUCUGUAUUUGCUUCACAACGAACAAUGAACGCCAUGUCCACCUCUCCAAUCGAUCUUGCCGAAGAGAGUAAAAAUGGCAGUGACAGCGACUCCGAUACCAAUCACAAUGACGCACCUGAAUACUACCAGCCUAUCUCAGCCGUGGAUGAUGACGAUGACGAUGCGGAUCAAGAAGACUUGGAUGAUCAAGUCAACUCAGAUGAAGAACACCAGCAUCGUAACCUAUCGAAUGGCUAUAUUAAUCGACUGGAAAACGGAAUCUCGUUUCUUCAUGUAGGCACCGUUGAUGCGGAGCAAGACGAAGAAGAAGAAAUUAGGAGGAGAGAGGCGUCUGAUACAGCGAUAAGGAGGGCGUUUAGGGAAGAGGAGAGCCGUAGAAACGCUCCGUUAACGCCAGAGAACGCUAUGAGAGUCAGGGAAGCGAUGCGUGGGGUUUCAUUUGCUGGAUUGACUCCUGACUGGUCCAAUCAAAUUCCUGAGGAUCGGUGGAUCGAUCAGCUUCGGGGGCUGAGGCAACCUCAACGCCCUUCCAGUAUUGUUUAGAAACUAAUCAAGUUUUCGUUUAUGAUUCCGAUUUUG